AUGGCGGGUAACUUCUGGGCAUCCUCUCAGCGCGACGUAUGGCUGCUCGAGACGGCCAGCGAGGCUGACCUUGGGGUGGGCGACUCGCUCGACGCCACCGUCGCCACCCUGCUGGGCAUCUACUUUCCGCAGAAGAUCCAGGAGCUCGGCAAGCGGCUGCAUCUGCCGCAGGUCGUCAUCGCUACGGCCAUUGUGUACUUUAAGCGGUUCUACACGCGGCACACGCUCGAGACCGUCUCGCCGUUUACCAUGCUCGCCGCGGCGGUGUUUGUGGCGUGCAAGGUCGACGAGUGCCCGCAGAAGCUCGCGUCGCUGGUCAAGCAGGUGACCGAGAUCCUCAAGUCGUCGUUCCCCAGGGUCACGGUCACGGCCGAGGACGUGGCGACGACCGAGAUCUCGCUGCUUGCCACGCUCGAGUACUCACUGGUUGUUUUUCAUCCGUACACCGCCCUCAAGGACUACGUCGCCGACGCAGGACUCGCUGACGAGCUCCUGGAGACGGCAUGGUACAUUGUCAACGACUCGUACUGCACCGCAGUCUUUCUCUACUUUCCGCCGUACCUCAUCGCCCUGGCUGCCAUCUACAUGGCUGGCGCCAUCAACCGGGCCGAGUCGAGCAACUCCAUCUCUGUCGCCGAGUGGUUCGGCUCGAUGAUGGUCGACAUGGCCGAGGUCCACACUGUUGCCGCUCACCUGGUCACCCUCUACGACACAUGGUCGCUCCCGACCUACGACGCUGACCUUCAGCGCGCCAAGCAGCGCAUCGACGCUAUAUAUCGGGUACCGUAGCGGAGGAACGACCGAAAUUGCCACCAUGCGAUGAUGAUGACGACGACAACGAUGUUGCAUCAUCCGUUUCCAGAUGGACAUGUCGGCCGACGCCCGCGCGUGUAUGUAUAUGUAUGCACGAUUGUACUAUCCGAACUGUC